UAGUAUUGUCUUGAAUUGUUAUAGAACAUGUUAGUAGUUAGUAAACGCUAUUAAAAGUUAGAGUUAAGUUUUUAGAUUUGAUGAUAAAAUACGCUUCAUUAUUAUAAUUAUUUAUUCAUGUUUAAGUAAUACUAUUAAAUCAUAUUUUACAUGUUAUAUCCCUAAUGGGAGUUCAAAAAACAGAUUAAUGAUAGUGAUUUGUUAACUACUACAUAAAUUCUUACUAAUAAUGAUAACUAUGUCGUGGUUUGAACAUUUUGAUGAGCUUUUAGGAAAUGACUGGAGAACGAAAGAUUGGCCAAUGAUGUCUACAACAGCAAUUCCUAUAAUGUUAAGUAUCAUUUAUAUACUUUUCAUCAAAGUAGUAGGGCCCAAUUAUAUGGCUAAAAAAAAACCUUAUCAACUACGAAAAAUUUUGAUGGUCUACAACUCUGCACAAAUAAUAUCAUGUAUCUACCUUAGCGUAGAGUUUAUGAAAACCAACCCAAAAAUGGGAUGUGAUCCAUUAGACACAUCUGAUAAUCCAAAUGCAUUAUACCAAGCUAAAUUAGUCUGGUGGACAUCUAUUUUAAAAUUGACAGAGUAUAUUGAAACUGUAUUCUUCGUAUUAAGAAAAAAACAGAAUCAAGUAUCAGCACUUCACAUUUAUCAUCACAUAACCACAUACGCGUUAAUAUGGAUUGCCACAAAAAUAAACCCAGGCGGUAUUGUGAGGAUACCAGUAAUAUUAAACUGUAUAGUUCACAUGGUCAUGUAUUCGUAUUACAUGUUAUCUUCAAUGGGUCCGAAAAUACAAAAAAAGAUUGAUAGCUACAAGAAGUACAUAACUAUUAUACAAAUGGUACAAUUUUGUUUUUUAAUUGUCAAUUCGUUAUUUUUCUUGGCUCCCGAAUGCAGCGUACCUAAUAUUUACGGUUUGGUGUUUAUACCUAAUGUUUUUAUUGUAUUCUAUAUGUUUUAUAACUUUUACAAGAAAUCCUAUUCAGAAAGACCUAUUGAUUACCGUAACGGUAAUAGUAACAAGUAUAAAGAAAAACGUUAAUAACACUUAAAAAUUACGUAAAAAACAAAAUAAUUGUCUUUUAAUUAGUUAAUAAAAACAAAUAGGUAUACAUUGUAUAAUUAUAAUAAAAAAAAUGUAGUUCAUUAUUGUAUUGUAAUUGAAAAAAUAAACACAGCUGAAUAAAUUAGGUACUUCAGAUUCAAUAUAAUGUUAUCAAAUCUUAUUUUUAAAUAUGUCCGGUUAAAAACAUGUACAUUAAGUUAUAUAUAGUUCAUGCUAUGUAAAUUAAUAUUUAUUAUUAUCAUAGAUAACAACUUUCAUACAAUUUUAAUGCUUUAAAUGUACACCUAUUAGAUUUAAAAACUUAUUUAUUUUACAGACAAGCGUAGAAGUAAGUAGCCAUUAAAAAGUUGAUAAAGAAUAAUUAUAUAAAUAGUACUUUUUGUUCUAGAAUAUUUUUUAGUACCAAAUUGUAUUCGCGUGACAACUACAUAUUGUUUUUAGUUAAGGAAUGUUAUGUGAUGUAAAUUAUAACUAUUUAGAUUUAUCAUAAUUAAGAAUGCCGUGCUAAUAAUCUUACAUUGUAAGAUACUUAAGGUUCUAAUAAAUACAUUUGUACUGUAAUACGUCUUUCAAAACAUUUUCUGU